ACUCAGAGAUUUGAGCAGCAGGGACAUACUGUACGGGGUUGAGUCUUUCGCCUCCUAGUGUUUUCUUAUUGGUCGUCCACGAUUACAGCACGACUAUUGGCAAGAGCCGCCCUCAAGUGGCAGCGGUGUGAUUUGUGUGUCUAUACUGUAUAUGAGAGAGAGAGGCAGAAGGAGGGUACCGUUUACAACGACCGCUCCAAAUCCAAAAGCAUUUGUGCGCAUUUGCGCGCUCUGAAGCAGGUGAUCCCUGAGAGCACCUCAGACAGGUUUGUGGAACGAUGCGUCUAUACAGUUCGCAGCAGCGCAGUGUUGACUGUGAUGAAGAAAAACAAGGCAACCCAAAAGUUUAGUUUAGUCAGAAGGUAGUUCUAACAGGAGCAAUCCGCGAGGAUCAUGUUCUGAGUCCGAGGCGCGGAGCAGACGGAGCGGGAUGAAGUCGGUGAGACGGAGCGCCAGGCGCCUCUGCUGCUGUGGAGUCGGGCUUCUCGCGGCUGUGUGCCUCGCGCAGGUCCUGCAGCUGACAGAGAUCAAGACUUCAUGGCCAGAAACAGACUUUCCCAGACGCAGAGUCCUGCAGUAUGGCGUCGAAAAUCAAACAAUUGACACUCCCAGAGCAGCAAUUCAUGAGUUCCCUGAAGACAUCUUCACCAAAGAGCAGCGCAAGAGAGGAGCCGUACUACUGCACGUGCUCUGUGCUGUCUAUAUGUUCUACGCACUGGCUAUCGUUUGUGAUAAAUAUUUUGUCCCGUCGCUGGAGAAGAUCUCAGAGAAUCUGCAGCUGAGUGAGGAUGUGGCCGGGGCAACUUUCAUGGCUGCAGGAAGUUCAGCUCCAGAAUUAUUUACUUCCUUAAUUGGUGUGUUCAUCACAAAGGGAGAUGUUGGCGUUGGCACCAUUGUUGGGUCGGCUGUCUUUAACAUACUGGUCAUCAUUGGAGUGUGUGGUAUCUUUACCGGUCAGACGGUUGCUGUGACCUGGUGGUCUCUGUUCAGAGACUCGCUGUACUACAUCUUCUCUGUGCUGGCCUUGAUUUUGGUUAUCUAUGAUGAAAGAGUUGUAUGGUGGGAAUCUAUGCUUCUGAUCUCCAUGUAUGGAGUCUACAUCCUUAUCAUGAAGUUUAACAGUGAGAUUGCCAGCUUUGUCCAGAGAUCAUGUGGCAGUCUGGGCCAAUUUUGUGUCAGGAGACAAAUGUCCAGAGAUAAAGAGGCUGAUGAAGGGGGAACAAACGGCAACACCUCCAUGGUGCUGUUGAGGAAAGCAGGUUCAGGACAGGAGUCUCCAGUAGUGAUGGUGGAUGAGCUGCUAAUCUUAAGACCACACCAGCUCUCGUUCCCAGAGGCUGGACUGCGUGUCAUGAUCACACCGCAUUUCUCUCCACGCACCCGUCUCACUAUGGCGGGACGCAUGCUCAUCAGUGAGAGACAGAGACUGCUCCGGGAGGAUAAGAUGAGCAGGACCUCAGUGAAGACAUUCAGCUCUAGAGGGAUAGUAAACGGAGGAAGUGUUGAAGCACAGCAGACACCUGAGGACACAGAAACGACGGAUGGUAAGAAAGGAGUGAAGGUGGAGGUGGAAAACUCUCAGCCUGAAAAAGAGGAUGAGGACCGGGACGAAAUGUUCAAACCUCUCCAUUUUCCUGUGGGCUACUGUGCGCGUCUCAAGUGGCUUGUGUCCUGGCCGCUGGCUGUUCUGCUGUAUUACACAGUGCCUAACUGUGUUUUGCCGCGUUGGCAUCACUGGUUCAUGAUCACCUUCAUUGCUUCAACCUUUUGGAUUGCAAUUUUUUCCUACCUCAUGGUGUGGAUGGUCACCAUCAUCAGCUACACACUUGGUAUUCCUGAUUACAUCAUGGGAAUCACUUUCCUGGCUGCUGGCACUAGUGUACCCGACUGCAUGGCGAGCCUCAUCGUCGCCCGCCAAGGAAUGGGGGACAUGGCAGUGUCGAACUCCAUAGGCAGCAAUAUCUUUGACAUUUUGUUGGGACUGGGCUUCCCCUGGGCUCUGAGGACGCUAGUAGUAGAUCAUGGAUCAUCAGUAUUCAUCAAUAAUAAAGGCCUGGUCUAUUCUGUCAUCCUGCUGCUCGCAUCAGUCUUCCUCACGGUCCUGGGUGUGCAUCUGAAUGGCUGGAAGCUGGAUCGGAGACUAGGUCUUGGUCUCAUGCUUCUUUACUCCAUCUUUCUGCUCUGCUCCAUCCUCUUCGGUCAGCUCUAGAGGUGUCACACUCUUCAGUGCGUUCUUGUUUUGGUUUCAUUAUUAUAGUGCUUUUACUGUAGAUCAGGUACUAAAUCUUGGCUGAUUUCAUGCCUGCGUACAGUGUAGCAGCAAGGGGAAAUUUUGUGCUCUACAAAAGCAACCUCCAGUCAGUCCAUUGUUCUGUCCACAGCAAGAACGGAUAAGGUUUUUGAAUGACUAAAUAAGCACUGCUUCAAGCUGGAAGGUUUACAGUAUAAUAUAAUAGUUUCUGUCUUCAGUUAACCCAUGAUGCUGAUGACUUACAAGAACACUGAAGAAUUACAGUCAGACACUCUUAAGCUGCUUAUGACUUCAGUAAUUCUUCUUGCCAUGUUUUACCCUUGUGAAAAAUAAGUACAUUUUAGUACGCUUUUAAAAAGAGUACUUAUUAUGGAAGUUAUAUACUUUAAUAUACCUAAGUGUGAACUGAAUGUAAUGUUUUUGGACACUUCAUUGAACGUUAUUUUCAAUUAAUGAAACUGUGUUGUAGUUUAAAUUAUUUUAUUUGCAAUUAGCUGAACUUUAGAGUGUUUUUUGACCUGCUUAAGGAUUUCUUAAGCACAUAUUUAUAUGCAUUGGUUGAAGUGUGAAGUAUUUAAAUAUAUUUGUAAUUACACAUUUAUAAUGAUAAAGUUGCAAUCUAGUACAUUUAAUAUAUACAGUGUGUGUGUUUAAUUUGUGUCGACACAUCAAAAUGCGGUUUAAUGUGUUAGUCGACACAUCAAAAUAAGGGUACUUCUUUAAAAUACAACAAAAGAUUUGAAAAUUUGCUGCAAAUUUCUUCCUUGGGCUGUCCAAGAUGUAGAUGAGUUUGUUUCUUCAUCAGAUUUGUAGCAUUCCAUCACUUGUUCACCAAUGGAUGCUCUGCAGUGAAUGGGUGCCGUCAGAAUUAAAGUCUAAACAGCUGAUAAAAGCA